AAUUAAUAGUUGAAUUAUCUUUGCAAUGGCGCAAGACAGCUCUUCGCAAAUGCAGAAAUUUUUAGACGAAAACCAGUACACAAAGAAAGGCAUCUUACGAUACGAGAAAAUCUUUGGUGUUGGGUUUGUGAGCACAGGAGGAAUUGAUACGACCAAGGAAUUUGUUGCCCGUUUGAAUUUGAAGGAAAAUCAAAGUGUUCUAGAUAUUGGAUGUGGCAUUGGUGGCAGUGCGUUUUACAUGGCCAAGGAAUAUGGUGCAAAUGUUCUCGGAAUUGAUCUGUCAAACAAUAUGGUGAAUAUCGCUUUGGAAAGAGCUGCUAAUGAAAGCAUUUUUAAAGACAAGGUUCAACUAAAAGUUAUAGAUGCAUUAACUGCAAAUUUUGAACCUGCCUCGUUCGAUGUUGUUUAUUCCCGGGAUACAAUCUUACAUAUUGAAAACAAAGAAGAACUAUUCAAGUUGUGUCUGAAAUGGUUGAAACCAGGUGGUCAACUACUCAUUUCAGAUUAUUGCUGCGGUACUAAUAUAGAGAAUGAGGAAUUCAAAAACUAUGUUAAACAAAGAAAUUACUUUUUAUUAGACGUAGCUUCUUAUGGAAAGCUUCUGGAAAAGGUUGGUUUUGUUGAAGUGGAUGCUCAAGACAGAACUGAACAGUUUAUCAGUGUACUAUCAAAUGAAAAAGCACGUGCUGAAAAAGAUAAAGACAAUGUUUUACAGCAUUUUUCUCAAGAAGACUACGAUGCAUUAAUAUCAGGAUGGGAGAAAAAAUUAGGACGCUGCUCAGUUGGCUACCAAAAAUGGGGAUUGUUUUAUGCCAAGAAGGAAAUCUAAUAUUUAUAGCUAAAUUAUAAAUUUUAAAUCUAAUAAUAUAUAAUAAAUAUCUUAGCCGAAAAUUUUCCCGGAUUUUAUGAUUAGCCAUUUUGGAAGCAUAACCCUGCUAACUUUCAGAAUGUUUUA